AUGGCGUCGCCAAUUGAAGACGAUGUCUUCGCCAGGCUCAAGAACAAGACCGACUCGGCCGAGGUGAAGCGCCAGCAGGAUGAGCUCAACACGCGCCUGUUCGCGCAGCACCAGAAGUCGCAGGAGCGGCUGGCGGAGCUGGUCGAAGACAACACUUCCCUCCCCGUGACCAUCUCGUCGGUCCGCGUCCUCCACGCCAACCGCACACGACGGGGCUUCCUCGAGAAAGUCGUGAACCCCCUCCUGAGCGCCAGCCGCGACGAGUCGUACACGCUCGAAGAGGCGCUGAAAGAGGUGGGCAACGCUACCGACAAGCUGAACCGCUUCGGCAUCUUCAAGUCGCCCAUCUCCGUCUUCCUCGACCGCCCCGACCCCACGAACGCUGCGUGUUCGCCCACUGAUGUCGACGUCUACAUCUCGGCCCACGAGCGCGGCAACUACACGAUCAAGACCGGCACCGAGGCUGGGGCUUCCGAAGCAGACGCCUAUGUCAACGCUGAGCUGAGGAACCUGUUCGGUGGUGCGGAGACGCUCAACGCACACGGAUCGCUGGGAACGCGGACGCGCUCCGCCUACUCGCUCGCCUUCGACACACCCGUCCUGGCCAACCCCGACUGCAAGUGGCAGGUCAACGGCUUCGCAAGCUCCGUGCUGAAGAGCUGGGCGGGCCACGAGGAAGUCCAGAAAGGUGGAACCACCAAGCUCCUCUGGCGCUCCAAGACGGGCCACGAGCACACCUUCGGCUACUCGGGCAUCUGGCGACAAGUCACUUCGCUCGCCGAGAACGCCUCCCCCACCGUCCGCGCCGACGCAGGCGACUCAUUCAAGUCCACCGUCACCCACACCUGGACCAACGACAAGCGCGACUACCCCCUCCUCCCUUCCAGCGGCUACCUCCUGAAAACCGUCUCCGAGCUCGCCGGCUUCUCCGUCCUCGGCGGCGACGUCUCACAUUUCAAGACAGAAGCCGAGUCGCAGAUCGCCCUCCCCUUCGGCAACACAGGCAUCACCCUAACCGCCGGUCUGCGCGGCGGCCUGCUCUACCCUCUUGCCCGAGCCGGCAGCGCCAACCCGCCAGCCUCCCGCAUAAACGAUCGCUUCCAGCUCGGCGGCCCCAACAGCGUGCGCGGUUUCCGCCUCGGCGGUCUCGGUCCGCACGACGGCCCUGACGCCGUCGGCGGCGACGUCUUCGCUGCGGGCGGCGCCUCGCUUCUCCUCCCCGUUCCCCGCGUAGGCAAGGAGACGCCUCUCCGCCUGCAAGCCUUCAUCAACGGCGGGCGCCUCCUCGCGCUCAAGGGGGCCAGGUCAGAAGAUGGAAGCUUCGCCGGCGACGCAAGGGAGAGCUUGAAGAAGACACUGCGCGACCUGAAAGAGGGGUUGCCUAGUGCUGCGGCCGGUGUUGGGCUCGUGUAUGCGCAUCCGAUUGCGCGGUUCGAGAUCAAUUUCUCCUUGCCCCUGGUCAUGAGGAAGGAGGAGCAGGCACGGAAGGGCUUGAGCUUUGGGGUGGGGAUUGAGUUCUUGUAGAUGGGGAUGUAGAUAUCGUGUACUAGUAGUAGAGUCUAGCAUGCAAG